CCCUGGAAUCUCGAGUCAGCAUUUUAAACCCUUCUGACUCACUGGAGUACACAUCAUUGACCUUUGUCCAAACUUCCUAGUGGCUCUGCUUCUGCUUCUACUCCUAAUCCACUUUGUGAAGUGUGUACUUGACCUCAAGGAGCACAUUCAACAAGACAUUCAGAAGUUGGAGCUGGGAUGGACGCCGUGGCUGUUGAAGAUGUGGCUGUGGACAUUUCCCCAGAAGAGUGGGCCUUGCUGGAUCGUUCUCAGAGGAAUCUCUACAUAUAUGUGAUGAUCGAAACUUUCAGAAACCUGGUCUCAGUAGUUUACCAAAACCUUGAUAAUGGAGAAAAGCUUUCCACUGAAAAUACAAUAGUAGAAGUCCUGGAAAGUGGCUCGAAAGUAGGAGAAAUAUGUGGAUUUUACGUCAUUGAAGAUCAGAAUAACAAGCGGAACAGUCAUGCAAGAAGAUCUAUUGAACAGAAUACCUGUGAAAUUAAGAAGAAAAGUCAGCGUGGACAGACUUACAGCUGGAUUCCAGAUCGUCACAUGCUCAAAAGAACUUACAAUGAAUCCUCCAUGGACCAAUCAUCAUCACUUAAGCGUCAUCCUACUUUUCACUUGGAAUGUGAUACCUGUCAGGAUGGAGAACACAGAACAGGCUGCAGGUGUCCUUACUCCCACGGUCCUGUGAGAACGCUAACUGCAGAGAAUCCUAAGGAAUGUAAGGACUGUGGAAACACCUUUGGUGAAUCCUCAGAGGUCCUUGUACAUUUAAGAGGUCACAGUGAGGAGGAGUCUGUUGAUAGUAAGGAACAUGGCAAAGUUAUUCAUCUUUUUUCAUCCUUGGGUAGGCAUAUGAGAACUCACAGUGGAGAGAGGCCCUAUGAAUGUAAGGAAUGUGGCAAGCCUUUAAAAGAUUCCUCAUCCCUCUCUAAACACAGUGUAAAGAGGUAUUAUGAUUGUAAGGUGUGUGACCAAUCCUUUACUAAUUCCUCACACCUUGUUGCACAUCAGAGAUUUCACAGCGGACAGAAACCUGAUGAGUGUAAGCCUUGUGGCAAAGGUUUUAGCCACCUUUGUUACCUUACUCAACAUAGCAGAACUCACAAUGGAGAGAGGCUUUAUGAAUGCAAUCAGAGUAGCAAAGCCUUUAUUCAUCGAUCAUCCCUCAUUCACCAUAGGAGAACUCACAGUGUAAAGGGCUCUUUUGAGUGUAAGGAAUGUGGCAAAACCUUUACUCAUCGCCCAGACUUAGUUAAACAUCAAAUAGUUCACAGUGGAGAAAAGCCUUAUGAAUGUAAGGUAUGUGGCAAAUGUUUUAAGAUCCCCUCAUCCCUCACUAGACAUUGGAGAAUUCACAGUGGAGAGAAGCCUUAUGAAUGUAAAGAUUGUGGGAAAAUGUUUACUCAACGCUGCCACCUUCUUUUACAUAGCAGAAUACACACUGGAGAGAGGCCCUAUGAAUGUGAGGAGUGUGGCAAAGCCUUCACUGAUUCCUCAAAACUCAGUAUCCAUAGGAGAAUUCACAGUGGAGAGAAGCCUUAUGAAUGUAAGGUAUGUGGGAAAGCCUUUGCUUACCAAACAUCCAUCAUUACACAUAGCAGAAUUCAUAGUGGAGAGAAGCCUUAUGAAUGUACGGAGUGUGGGAAAGCCUUUCCUCGACACUCUCAACUUAUUUCACAUAAGAGAACUCACAGUGGUGAGAGGCCUUAUGAAUGUAAGGAAUGUGGGAAAAGUUUUAAGUGCCUUUCAUACCUUAUUUUACACAUGAGAAAUCAUAGUGGAGAGAGACCUUAUGAAUGUAAGGAAUGUGGGAAGGCCUUUACUCGUCACCCUACCCUCAUUAAACAUAGGAAAAUUCACAGUGGAGAGAGACCCUAUGAAUGUGAGGAGUGUGGCAAAGCCUUCAAUGAUUACUCAAAACUCAAUGCCCAUAGCAGAAUUCACAGUGGAGAAAAGCCUUAUGAAUGUAAAGAUUGUGGGAAAACGUUUACUCAACGCUGCCACCUUCUUUUACAUAGCAGAAUACACAGUGGAGAGAGGCCCUAUGAGUGUGAAGAGUGUGGCAAAGCCUUCACUGAUUCCUCAAAACUCAGUAUCCAUAGGAGAAUUCACAGUGGAGAGAAGCCUUAUGAAUGUAUGGAGUGUGGGAAAGCCUUUACUCAACAGUCUCACCUUAUUGCACAUAGGAGAAUUCACAGUGGAGAGAGGCCUUAUGAAUGUAAGGAAUGUGGAAAAGCCUUUACUCGUCACUCUGUCCUCACUAAACAUAGGAGACUUCACGGUGGAGAGAAACCUUAUGAAUGUAAAUAAUGUUGCAAAGCCAUUAGUCUUGUUACAACCCUCAUUCCGCAUAGAACUCACAGGAAGGAGGCCUUAUGAAUGUUAGCUAGGCAAAGACUCUGAUUCCUCUUCACCCCUCAUUGAACAUAUGAUCAUCCACAAUGGAAAGAAGCCUGGUGCAUGUAUGGAAUGUGCCAAAGCCUUUGCUUGUUCCUCAGCUCUCAGUUCACAUAAGAUUUCUCUCAGUGGAUAGAGGUCUUAUGAAUGUAAUCUACUUUGGAAAGCAUUUAUUCAGUCUUCAUUGCUCACUAAAGAUCCCUGAUGGGUGAGAUGUGAUGGACAGAAGGGUGCCUGGUCUGGUGUUUCUCAGAUCGUUGUCCUUGGCUAGCUGAGUAUAUAUAGGCCUCACGAGAAGAUCGCUAAUGGAUGAGAUGUGAGUCUUCUUGCUCUGGUCCUUCACCUUUAGUCCCAUUUUGCCCGGGGAGCUCUGCCCUUUCUUUAGGUGAAUACCUUGUGCAGCCUAGUUUCUGCUACCUCCUUCUCUGUGUGACCAUGAGCAAAUUACUGGACUUAUUUGCCCCUAUUGUUAGAGAAAAUGAAUCAAUAAUGUGUGUUUUGCACAUGGUGAGCUUCAGCUCUCAAAUAUUGUUACCUGGUCCUACCACUCAGCUCCUAACCUGCUGUGUGUUAGAAAGGCAACCUCAGCCUUGCCUGGCCCAUGAAAAUUCCAUCCAACAGCCACUGUGCUUGGGGUAGACUGGCUUCUCCUGACAAUGACACUAGUUCCACAGCGGUGCCAUUUUUAUAAGCACUCCCUAGAAUCUCAUCCCUGUACUGCAUUGGAGCCCCUUGAAGUCAAUGCUCAGCAAUAUCUUGAGUCCCUCCCACCUAGCAUGCAGGAUCCAGGUCUUCACUUGCCCUCCCAAGAGCUUUUGAUUUAACUCACUUCCCCUAUUUUGUAGAAACUGUGUUAAGUUUGUAAUGUAUGUGGCCUACACAAAUUAGUAUGUGUUCCCGAAAUUGUUGGA